GAAAUCUACCCAGGUGCCCAUAGUUUUACAUGCAAAAAAGCGACACGUCACUGAGAUUUUGAGCAGCAACACAGUUGGGAAGGUAAUUUUAACGAGAUAAAGAAGAGAAACCUAACUUAAAACAACAUGGGUGUCUUCUUCUCCAGGCUUUUCUCUGGUUUAUUUGGGACAAGGGAGAUGAGAAUCUUGAUUCUUGGUCUAGAUGGAGCAGGAAAGACCACUAUAUUGUACAGACUACAAGUUGGGGAGGUUGUCACCACUAUCCCCACGAUUGGUUUCAAUGUUGAAACAGUGACAUAUAAGAAUCUUAAAUUUCAAGUUUGGGACUUGGGAGGACAGACAAGUAUCAGGCCGUACUGGCGAUGUUAUUACUCCAACACUGAUGCAAUCAUUUAUGUAGUAGACAGCUGUGAUAGAGACAGAAUGGGGAUCUCCAAGUCGGAACUUGUUGCCAUGUUGGAGGAAGAGGAACUCAAAAAAGCUAUAUUGGUGGUGUUUGCAAACAAACAGGAUAUGGAACAGGCUAUGACACCUACAGAAGUAGCAAAUUCACUUGGUUUACCAGCACUAAAAGACAGAAAGUGGCAGAUAUUUAAAACGUCUGCAACUAAAGGCACUGGAUUGGACGAGGCAAUGGAAUGGUUGGUUGAAGCACUGAAGACCAGACAGUAAACACCUGCUUUUAGCGUUACAGUAAAUUCUGUGAUUUGAAAUGUCUUCACUACUUUCUGUUGUUACCUCCUGUGUACCGAGUAUUGUUGGUAUUUUUAUUUAAACACGAACACCCUGGUCGUUGAUCAGCUGCGUUGUUUCUCCCAAAGUCAUUUCACUGCCUCACCAGUGUGUCUUCAGAGGAAAUGUUCUGGAUGCAUUCUGAAUGUCCUUUUGCUCCAUAAUUUUGUCUAAAUCGAAGUCCCUCUUCAGUCACAUUGCUGUCUUGAAUUUGUAGUGUUUAUUUACAUAGAAGAUUGCAGUAUGAGAUGUGAGCAGUGAAACUUUGGAAGUGAUGACCCAUGAUUGUGAUUUGUGUUUAAAAAAAAAAAAGAAAACAGUAUUAACAGGGGAGUGUGUUCACAGGUUACAGGCAGCAUCCUUUUUAAUUCGAAUGACAGGGAAGUGUUCAAAACUCAUCCAGUUAAGGUGAACAUCGAGAGAACAUUGGCAUGAUGACCUGUGUGACUUAACAAACAAAAAACAAACAAAGGUAGUUUGCUUUAUUACAGUAUUCCAUGUAUGAUGGGAUCCAUGGCAACUGAAUUAAACACCGCUCUGUACUAUAAACUGCUUAUUUUUAUUCCUUUCAUUGCAGUUUAUGUACCGGUGUUAAUUAUUUUAUAUUUAUGUGGAUUUGUUCUUUUUCCAGUUGGUGUUGGGCUUGCUUUUGGGGUAUUGUCAGUUUCGUGGGAGAGAUCUUGUUUGCUGUAGGUUUUUGUUAGUAUUCAGACACUAAUUCACACCCAUCUGUAGUGAUUUUUACUCCUGGAUUUGAUGUUUAUUUAUUGACAUUUACAGUAAAGGAUAGCUUCUGUAAAAUGUGAAGAAUUCAUGAAAAUCAAUAAACCAUAUAACAUAAUCAUUGCAUUCUGUUUUAAUGUGUUGACAAUUUGAGUCACCAAGUCAAAUUUAAGUGUACUAUUGUAGAAAGUUAAAUGAUAUACUGUAGUAUUAUAGUUAAUAUAUGCAAUGUGGGGAAUCUGUGUGGUUCAGUAACUUUUCAAUGCCAUUUGACCACAAGGUUGCACGUUCAUUCCAGGAUACUGUAUGUUGGUAUAGACCAAAGCUUUUAUGGCUUUUGUGGUCAGUUUUUCGGAAUGAUCAAUGAGUUAAAAGAACUUUUCAGAACACUUCACAACCACAAAAUUCUUUAUCGGUAUGGUUCGACAGACAGAGAAAACAUGAGAUGGCUAAACUAAAUGAGGCAACAUUUGUGCACUAACUAGUAGUUACACCACUGCAAACCGCAUAUCUAAUUGUGAUAUUGUCCAACUCAAGCUAGAUAGAUAAAAAUAAAAAUGUUAUCUGCCACAUAUUUAUAAAUAUUUCGAGAGCUGCUUAUCCAAUUGUAAGGAAACUUGGUUUGGACAGGCUUAAGAAAGUUAGAGUUUAUAUUGAGAUCCUUUCUGUCUGUUUAUUUUUUACAUGUACAUAUAAUGGAUGUAGAUCAUAGUGAUCUCAGUCUUGAUAUUGACACCGCUAGUUUUGUAUUAUUGAGGUGGAUGGGGUGCUACUAAACUGAAGGACAGGUUUUUUUCAAUGGAAAAGUGUGAUGGACAGGGUUUUCUAAGUAGAAAAGUGUAAAGGACAAGGGUUGUCUCACUAGAAAAGAGUGUGUCCUUCAAUGUUGUUUGUGUGCAAAAGACUAUUUAAUGCAAAACAGUAAUUCACAGCUGGAUUUUAUCUGUCAUGCUCCUGCUUUUCAACAGUAACGUUGGAAUACUUAUUUUUUAUAUCAUAAUGAAGCUUUUACUUAGUUUACUAAGGGCAACGUGGGUAUUUUAAUUUGAUAUAUAUUUUUUUCUAAAAUGUAUUAAAUACCUUCAGAAACAAAUCAAAGGGUAGAUGGUAAAAAUGUAUUACCUAACUGCUAAGGAUCCAACAUGACAUGGUGUAGACCAGGGGCGUCCCUCCUGGUUUUUGUUCCAACUGUGCCCUAAAUUACUUAAUUAGAAUAAUUGGUCCAAUUAAGUAAUUUAGGACACAGUUGGAACAAAAACCAGGAGGGACACCGGCCCUCCAGUACCAGGUUUGGAUACCCCUGGUGUAGACAGAGUGUGUAUGUGGUUUCUAAGUGAUAAUGGCAGAAACUCUCAAUUGCAUUUAGUUAUGUCUAGUGAUGGAAAUGUAGGAACUGGGAGAAGAUUCUGCAUGGGUCAAAAGUAUGGUUAGGAAUGUACUUCACAAAGAAAGCUGACAUCAACACUAUCAAUGUAACAUGAGCGAGGUGGCAGAAAUACUGUUGACCCAGCGUUCACAAGUUGUUUUAUUUCUUGUACAAUGGUUAAUUGUAAUUGUUUUCGUUUUGUUUCGAGUAUGAAUAAAACCUGUUACGUCUUUCA